AUGUUGCCACGGCCCCACACAAAGAGCACAAUGCGGUUGUUACUCAGUAUAGUGUUAGUGGCAUACGCAGCUGAAGCUGCAAAGAAAUUCGAAGGGACUUUAAGGUCAGCAGUAGACGCGCCACCUCAAGAUAAUCUUGCCAUAGAGUCCGGCUCACCGGAGCCGGCAGUAGUCGCAGCUCCAGAAAGUUAUCAGAAUCCAGGAGCUCCGCCACCUGAAGACCCAGUUUCCGAAGAGCCAGCUGAACCGUCUGCCGCCGCCGCCGUGCCCGAGACUGCCUCGGGAGGUGUUCCACCUUCAGCGCCUAGCGGGGCAUCAGCUCCAUCUGCUCCUGCCAAUUCCUUGGAGGAAUGUGAUCCCGAGAUGAUUGGAUUUGAGCUUGUCACAGGAUACGUGUUCUCGGCGCCGUCUCACAUUCUAGACGACAUCCCCGGCACACUUAUGUUGACCGACUGCCUUGAGCAGUGCCAGGCCAACGAUACCUGUCGUGCUGUCAACUACGAGACUGGACUCUGCGUUCUCUUCGGUUCCGAUGCUGACCAAUUACCUGGAGCAUUAACGAAAUCACAAUUCCCCGUAUUCACGAUUUACGCACAAAAGUCGUGUCUUGGCGUGCGUCCUUGUGAAAGGGCUUGGUGCUUCGACCGUGUACGAGGUUACCACCUCAAAGGGCGAGGCAAGAGGACACACACAGUCGGCUCAAGGCAGAUGUGCCUUGACCUCUGUCUCGGUGAAAACGAGUUUGUUUGCAGAUCGGCGAACUACAACAAUAAAACAGGGGAGUGCGUGCUCUCUAACAUGGACCGUAUUACACUGGCGGGAACCAACUCUUUCCAACCAAACGAAGACACCGACUAUUUGGAAAACAACUGUGUGGAGGAGCCUACAAAACUUUGUGAGUUCAAGAAGAUGGGUGGUCGUAUCCUAAAGACUGUGGACUCUGUAUACCAAGACGUCCAAACGGUUGAGGAAUGUCGUGAACUUUGCUUGAACUCGCCCUUCCGUUGCCACUCCUACGACCACGGUGACACUGGUGACCAUGUCUGUCGUCUGUCUCACCACUCUCGUGCCACACUUGCUGAUAUUCAGGAUCCUUACUUGGAAGUUCCUGAAGCAGCUACCUACGAACUGUCAUCUUGCUACAAUGUGUCCAUCGACUGCCGUGCCGGUGACAUGGUUGCCAAAAUUCAAACGUCUAAGCUUUUCGACGGUAAGAUCUACGCCAAGGGCAGCCCUAACUCCUGUGUCGUAGAUGUUAAACAAAGUCUUGAAUUCGAGCUGCACAUGGGAUACAAUAAUCUGGAGUGCAAUGUUAAACAGAACGGACUUGGCAGAUACCUCAACGAUGUCGUCAUUCAGCAUCAUGACACCAUUGUUACUUCCUCUGAUCUCGGCUUGGCUGUGACUUGCCAAUACGAUCUCACCAAUAAGACUGUUGCCAACGAAGUUGACCUGGGUAUCCACGGAGACAUCCAGACUGGUCUGUCCGAGGAGGUCAUUGUCGACUCUCCCAACGUAGCUAUGAGAAUUACCGACAGAAAUGGUGACGACACCAUUGCAUCUGCUGAAGUCGGAGAUCCUUUGGCCCUACGCUUCGAGAUUAUGGACCCGAACUCACCAUUCGAAAUCUUCGUACGAGAACUUGUUGCCAUGGAUGGUGUUGAUUCCAGCGAAAUUACCCUCAUCGACAGCAAUGGUUGUCCCACCGAGCACUUUAUUAUGGGACCUUUGUUCAAAUCAGCGAACAGUGGAAAGAUGCUGUUGUCUCACUUCGAUGCCUUCAAGUUCCCAUCUUCGGAAGUUGUCCAGUUCCGUGCCUUGGUAACUCCGUGCAUGCCAACGUGUGAACCAGUGCAGUGCGAUGGCGGCCCGAACGAACUCCGCUCCGUCAUGUCUUACGGACGUAGGAAGAGGCGUUCUACUCCCGCGGCACCCACAGACGAUAUGCUUCUUGUGCAGACCAUCCAAAUUACUGACAAGUUCGGUUUUGACAAACAGCGCGCUAAGAAUGUCACUGAAGACUCUGUGUACGUCAGAGAGACCGAAGUUACUUGCGUAAACGCAGCGGGAGCAAUGCUCGCGGCAGCUGCUUUCCUAGCAGCACAACUAGUCGUACUAGCAGCUUGGACCUGCAGUUGGCAGCGAAGACGCGCUGCUGCUAAAGCUGCUGAGUUGCUUCCAGGACCCAAUGCUCCCUCCGCCCUCUGCAAAGUCUACGAUGCCAGUUUUUCUCGUGCGCACCAGAGGCAUUUCUAA